CCAUCUUCUUUCAAAUCCCCCUUAAAUACCAACGUCUCUCUCCUCCUCCUACAAUCAAUCACUACCUCCUCUCUCUCCAGAAUUCAUUCUCUCUCUCUCUAGAAAUCAUUCAUAGAUGAAAUGAAAAAGAAAGACCCAGUUGCUGCUAAUGUCCAACAGGGUGACCCAACACCACAGCAACCACCUGUUAAUAUUGUACUAGUACCACCAGACCCCCUUUCUUUAGCCUCUGAAUUAUCUCAUCAACUACCCAACCAACACCAACUACCAAUAACUGCCAAUAUCACCACCGCCACCUCUCCUUCAUCUUCUUCUUCCUCUCCUUCUUCAAGUGGUGGUGGUGCUGCUUUUGCUGGUUCUGGUGGUGUUGGUGGAUUAACUACUACUCAUCGUCAUAAACCGAUAAUAACCACUGGAAAACAUCCGGUUUACCGUGGAAUACGAUGUCGGAGUGGAAAAUGGGUAUCGGAGAUACGUGAACCACGCAAGACUACACGGAUUUGGCUUGGUACAUUUCAAACACCGGAGAUGGCGGCUAUUGCAUACGAUGUGGCUGCAUUAGCUCUAAAAGGUAUAAAUGAUGCUGUUUUAAACUUCCCUGAUUCUGUAUCAUCUUAUCCAAAACCAGCUUCGUCUUCGCCCAACGAUAUACGUGCAGCCGCUACUGCUGCUGCUUCAGCUGCUUCUUCUUCUUCAGCGGCCUUGAGCGGCCAUGAGAAGAUGCCAACAUCACAGAGUACUACUAGUCAAGACGAUAUCAACAAAGGCGGCUUAAAUGAUGAGGUAAAGAAUGAUGAUGGCGCUGGCUCAUCUGUUAAUACGUUAAAUGAUGGAGAUGAUAGAAAUGAUAAUGAAUUCAUGAUAGACGAAGAAGAGAUUUUCAAUAUGCCGAAACUACUACUGAAUAUGGCUGAAGGAAUGCUUGUAAGUCCACCGAGGAUAAUCUCGCCGCCAUCUCACGACUCACCGGAGAACUCAGACGGUGAAAGUUUAUGGAAUUACUGAUCAUAAAUAUACUUACAUAACAAAGAUUAAGCUAGUUAUAUAUAUAUAUAUUACUACUUGAUCAUAAUCAUCAUGAAAUCCACUCCUCCUGCCGGAAUUAGAAUAUAUACCAAAAAGAGGAAAGAAAUAAUCAUAAGUAUUAAUUUUCAUUAAAAGUACUAUAGUUUUCCCUACUUAGUCAUAUAUUUAUGAGUUAAUAGUGAUGAUCAGUACGUACGUAUGACUGACAUUUGGUUAAAGAAUGUAGGGCUGAUUUACUGACCUUGCUUGUUUGUUGGGUUUUCGAUCGUGAAUUUAGUGAUGAAGAAUGUGAACGGGAAUUUGCAAUAUACUAUCAUCAUGUAUCAUGGUCGCCACUACGUACCUAAUUUAUCUCUGUAAACAUUUUAGCCUAUUUGGCUCAUUUAGUUGUGGAGCAAUUAAUAUCUGAAACCAAAGAACUUUAAACG